AUGGGAUCGUCGCAGUCGGCGCAGCCAGAGAACCAAAAAGCGGAGGAGGACAAGGUGCAGCAGCCCGACGCGACAGUGCAGACAGAUGACGACGAUGAGCCGGAUGAGUGGGACAAGAGGAUUUUCAGCACAGGAUGCUCUGAGGAAAAUGCCAAGAUGACGGACUGCUACUUUGAGAAGAAGGACUGGAGAGCAUGCACUUCCGAGAUGCAGCAAUUCAAAGAGUGCUGGAAGCGCCACGGAAACGAAGAGCGAACAUCCACCAAGGACGCCUAG